AUGCAUGCUAUGCUGUAUCUUCUUCUUUCCCUGGCGUCUGCCAGCCUCGCCAUUCGCGCUAGGGACCCUCUACAUAUCACUAGUCGACAUUCCGGAAAGCCAGACCCGCAAGGACAAAUACAAAUCGCAAAAAGAGAGGCACCCCCAGGCACUGAAGACAAUCCUGCUAUUGGGUACUUCGAGCAGCCGAUUGAUCACCAUAACCCCAGCCUUGGAACGUUCAAAAUGCGCUAUUCUUGGAGCAACGAGUUCUGGAAGGGCCCAGGCUCGCCUAUUGUACUCUGGCUACCUGGAGAGACCGAUGCGUCUCCUUUCUAUUUGUGGUACGGGAACUACAGUUCGACAGAAUUUUACUUCAGCCAGGGACAGUUAGCCAGCAAUCUUGGAGCAGCAUACGUAGUACUCGAAAAUCGAUAUUAUGGAGAGUCCUCACCAUACCCGGAACUGACUACUGCGAACCUAAAGUAUCUCACGUUUGAUCAAGUCAUGCGCGAUACUGUCAACUUUGCUAAGAAUGUUAAGCUACCAUUCGCUGCCAAUAGCACUGCGUCUGAUGUGCCAUGGGUACUCGCUGGUGGCUCAUACAGUGGUGUCAUCACCGUUGAUAUUGCAACAAAGCUACCUGGCACUUUCUGGGCGUAUUGGGCGACGAGUGCUGCAGUACAUUCAGAGCUAGAGUACUGGAGGCAAAGCGAUAGUUUUCUGAAAGCAGGACCAAAGAACUGCACAAAAGAUGUGGCACAGGUCAUCGAUUAUAUCGACAGUGUGCUGUUGAAUGGUUCCCAAAAGGAAAUUGACGUACUCAAAGCCAAUUUUGGUCUUCAGAACCUGACCCACAACGAGGAUUUUGUUAACACGCUUAGUGGGGACCCUGAACUUUGGCUCAACGUGCAGUUCGAUAUCAACGCUGCCCCGGAUGGUGUCUGGAACCCGGCGACUCGGAAUUACACACACUCCAAGCUUCCUGGCAUCGAAGGCGUGGGCGUUGAGAAAGCACUAAAGAACUGGGGUAAUUGGGUCAAGAAUUACAGGCUACCUGGAAUGUGCAAAGACGGCUUCGGCAAGCACUAUCCUGGACUAUACAGUGAAAAUAGUACCUACUGCGAGGACUCGUACGACCCCAACAACCCGUUCUAUACAGACAUCAGCGUUGGAAAUCCUUGGAACCGACAAUAUCUCUGGUUUGAAUGCAACGAGGCGAUUGGCGGCUGGACCGCAGGUGCACCCAAAGGCACUCCAUCCCUCAUCAGCCGCUUACUCGAUGUUAAGUAUGGAUACCACAUGUGCGAAAUGUUGUUUCCUAAAGGGCCUAAUGGGGAGACAUACGGCUUACGCACUGUGGACCAGUUCAAUGAGUAUUGGGGUGGUUGGAAUAUUGGAAAUACGACUCGAUUGUUAAUUGCCAAUGGAGAGUAUGACUAUUGGAGACCGACUACGUUUGCAUCGGAAGUUCGUCCCGGAGGUCCCCUCCAGAGCACAGCGCAGCUUCCCGCCUAUCUUGUACCGGGUGGUUAUCAUUGCAGUGAUUCUCUUUAUUAUCGGAAUGCUCGCCGUAACGAACCUGUUCGGAUGGUGAUUCACGAAAUACUUGCACAACUAGAAGCUUGGGUGAAGGAGUGGCCAGGAAAGAAGGGUUCUUCUAGUUAG